ACAAUUAUAAUCUUCAAUUUCUUUCCUUGAACUAUGUAGUAAAGUCACUAGCUUCAAACUUUUUUUUUUUUUUUUUUUUUUUUUUUUUUUUUUUUUUUUUUACAGAACUUGAGGACUAUGGAUCUCAUUGAUUGUAAAUUCUUAACAAAAAUCCCAGAUCUUUCAAGUGCUUCAAAUUUGAAGGAAUUGAAAGUCAAAUAUUGUGCAAGUCUAAUUGAGGUGCAUGAUUCCGUUGGAUUCCUGGAUAAGCUUACUCGUUUGUCUUUUAAACAAUGCCCUGACCUCUCGAUAUUUCCAAAAUGUCUCAAGUUGAGAUCUUUACAUAGGCUUGAUUUUGAAGGUUGCCCAAGCUUUUGUAAUUUUCCUGAAAUCGAGAGUAAAAUGGAAAAAUUAGCUAAAUUACAUGUAGAGGGCACUGCAAUUGAAGAACUACCUUUAUCCAUAGGGAAUCUGGUUGGGCUUGAUCUUUUAAUUCUAAGAGGAAACAAAAAACUUGUUCGUCUCCCAACUUGCAUUCUUCAGUUGCUGCAUCUAGGCAUAGUUAAGAUCGUUGAUUUACAAAAUAUUUUAAAUUUUGGAAAGAUGGGUGAUAAUAGACAAUCCAUUCUGGCUAUUGAGUCUACAACAAUGGAAGAUGAGAUCUCGUCAAGUGAAGAACAACUCCAUGAAUUGCCGGCUCCAGCAAGUUCAAGCCAUGGGAGCACUGCAUCACAAGUGUUGAAUCUUCCAAAUUAUUCCGAAUCAGAAUCAAAUUUUUUUCCAUUAUCAAAUUUCUUUACCAUGUUUAGUUCCUUGGCCAGUUUGUAUUCCUUGGAUCUAUCGAGGAGUGAAAUUGUUAGCCUUCCCACUAGCAUCAAAGGAUUUGUUAGACUGUCUAUACUUGGGUUGAUGGAUUGCAAGAAACUUGAAGAAAUACUAGAACUUCCACCAAAUAUAGAAGUAGUACAUGCUUCUGGAUGCGAGUCAUUAGAAAGAUUUCCAGAAGUAUCAAAAAUAUUGCAAUUCCAUAGAAGCCAUAUCAGAUCGUUAGCAUUGAUUAACUUGUUCGGCUGCAACAAAAUGCAUGUGGAUAUAUGGAAUCGUCAUGGGCCAAAUCCUUUAUUGCAGAAGGAAAAUUAUCAAAAAGCGUCGUCAGAUAGUACUGGGCAUUGUACGAGACUUGAUGAUGUCCAACUGAGUGGAACAAAAACAUGGGUUAUAGAUAUUGAGGGGCCACACUAUUUGGAGAAUAUAUGUGGAAUAGCAUUAUAUUGUGUUGUGUUUUAUGAGGGAGGUGAUUGGUUUUUUGAUAAGAUAAGGGCUAAGAUAACCUGUGAUGUCUCAAAUCAUGUAUGCGACAUUAAAAGAGGGGUUCGAUUGUUAAAAAAUGAUAUUGAGCCAAAUCGAUAUAAUGUAUGGGUGGCAUACUCAUCAAUAGAAUCUUUUAAGCUUAAGGUUUUGGACAAUCUUAGAGUUCAUUUCUAUACCCAGUUGGGUCAUUUAGGGAUGUUUUAUAAAAGUUGCGGAGCCAAAGUGGUAUACAAGCAUAAAAGGGAGGAGAGCAAAUGAAGAAAAAGAAACGAGGAUGUAACCCAUCUGAGGGGUAUGAAGGCUGCAUCCAAACAAGUUGUUGGAUGAACCAGCUCUGAAAUGGUCUUCAUUUCGACUCACACUACUUUUAAAAAUGGAUGAAUUAAUGAUAUCCCAAGUCGGAUGACCUCUAAUCAGUGAGAGAACAUAC